UCAACUUUUUAUUGUAAUUUUUUUAGUUUCGAUUGCCGCUUGAAAAGCGUCGACAAAGCGUCGCGAAAGCUGCGUCGCUCAAGUUUUGUGGGUGAACUGAGCCGUUGAGCUUGCGAGUGAGCUGGCGUUCGCUUUCUGCGCUCAGUCGAUAAACGAAGCUUGGCCGCGACACUUGGCUCAAGCGGAAGCCAACACGUUAACGUACACAGCGAGCGAAAAAAGAAAAAGAAAAACGUUACGCGCAGCGGCCAAACUUGGUAGUCGGUUGGCAAAAAACAAAAACAACAAAACAGAAGCAAAAAAAAACAAGCGAGCAAGAAACACAGCUGAAGAAAAUUGCAACAGAGGCGCGUGCUCAAGGAGAAGUUGGUUAGAAGAGCGCUGCAUGCACAUUAGCAACGUCAGAGCGAGUGAGCGAGCUGAAAGAGAGGAGAGCACAUAUACUUAAACACACACACACACACAAGCAAAAUGGCGGCCGUUGAAGUGCGGAAUGGCUAUAAGUACUAUGGCUCCAAAAAGAAUCCCAAGAUUGUGCUCAACCAGCUGAAUAUGAACGUCAUGCGUGGCUCCAUCUAUGGCCUACUGGGCGCUUCGGGCUGUGGCAAGACAACGCUGCUCUCAUGCAUUGUCGGGCAACGUAAUCUCAACGGCGGAGACGUCUGUGUUUUGGGCGUUAAGCCCGGUGAGCCGGGCAGCGGUGUGCCCGGAUCGCGUGUGGGCUUUAUGCCACAGGAGAUCGCGUUGGUCGAGGAGAUGACCGUCAAGGAGACCCUCUUUUACUUCGGUCGCAUCUAUGGACUGACAGAUGAGCGUAUUCGGGAGAAGUUCAAGCUGCUCAAGGACCUGCUGCAACUGCCGUCGGCAGGUCAAAUGAUCAAGCAAUGCAGUGGAGGACAGCAACGCCGCUUGUCUUUCGCCUGUGCCAUGAUACACGACCCCGAGCUGCUCAUUCUCGAUGAGCCCACGGUCGGGCUUGAUCCUAUGCUGCGCGAAAAAAUUUGGGACUUUCUGGUGGAAACGACUAGAAAUAGCAAAUUGGCUGUGAUUAUUACCACACAUUAUAUUGAAGAGGCCAAGCAGGCGAAUUACAUCGGUCUCAUGCGCAAUGGCGUCUUGCUGGCUGAGGACACGCCCACCAAUAUCAUGAUCCAAUUCGGCACACAAUCGAUCGAAGAUGCUUUCCUCAUACUCAGCCAGCGUCAGGGCAACGAAGACCAGCUGGAGCAGAUUAUGAAUCAGAGUAAAAAUCAAACGCUGCCCGCCGCAGCGCUGCCAACGGAGGUGAUCGAUACACAUGAGCCGACGGUAGAGAAGCCGCCCAUACCAUACGUGGAGCCACAGAACGACAAUUGCAAAAAGAUUUUCUUUACGACCAAAGGACGCCUUAAAGCGAUGAUGACCAAGAACUUUGUGCAACUGUUCAGACAACCCUCAGGCAUAAUUUUCAUGAUGCUGUUUCCCAUCAUACAAUUGUCCUGCUUCUAUAUGGCCAUUGGCAAAACACCCAAGAAUCUUGAGCUGGGCAUCUACUCCGGCGAGGUGAACAGCUAUUCCGAGUGUUUCGAUGAGAACCUGCAGACCAUUUAUAACGUCAACGAUACGUGCCGAUUCAAUAAGCUCUCCUGUCGCUACAUACAGGAACUGGGCGAUGAUGUGGCCACUAGAAAGUAUUAUCCCACAGAGGAGGCAGCCUUUGCGGACGCCAAACGCGCCAAAACCGUGGGCUAUAUAUACUUCGCUCACAACUUCAGUGACUCGGUUUACGAAUUUAUCGAGGAUGGUAUCUAUGCAUCGGAUGGAUCCGUUGAUAAUGCCGAAGUAGUUGUCCAUAUCGAUAUGACGGAUCAACAAGUUGGUUACUUUAUGCAGCGCAAACUGCGAGACACAUUUAGCAAUUUUAUGAAUGCCGUUGUUCACGAUUGUAAUGUAUCAGCUGCCUUGGUCAAAUUGCCUGUACAGUUCCAGGAUCCCAUCUAUGGCAGCACGGACAUUGAGUUCCAACAGUAUUGUGCGCCUGGAGUGGUUAUGACCAUGGUAUUUUUCUUGGCCACUUUGAUGACGGCGGCCGUAUUUAUUUCGGAGCGUAUGGAUGGCAUCUGGGAUCGUACCCUAUUGGCUGGAGUUUCAGCAACCGAAAUGCUUUGGGCUCAUCUACUGACACAGCUUAUUAUCAUGGCACUGCAGUCGUUCGAGGUCGUCAUAUACAUUGGCAUCGUAUUCGAUACGUAUAACAAUGGAGAUACGACUACGUUGAUAGGACUGUUAACGCUGACAGCUUUUUGUGGCAUGUUGUUUGGUCUUUUCAUCUCUGUUUUCUGCAAAUCGCACACGGAGGCUAAUUUUGUGGCCACUGGAGCUUUCUAUCCCAUGAUUAUACUCUGUGGUCUUCUGUGGCCGUUGGAGAGCAUGCCGCAAUUCCUGCAGGAUGUGGUAAUGGUGCUGCCAUUUACCAUACCCUCCAUAUCGGCUAGAAAUGUCAUCGAGAAGGGUUGGAGCAUUACCCACGAGAAGGUCUAUAACGGCUUCCUCGUUAUGGCCGGCUGGACGAUCAUUUUCUUUGUGCUGUGUCUGAUGGGCAUCAGACGUAAGGCGUAGUGGGUUCUAUUCAAUAUUGGGGUUAACUUCUAGGAGUCGUAGCAUAUUAGAAUUUCCCAUUUAGGCGAUUUCACAUAUCUAUAUUUGUUAUAGUAUCUAUAUAAUUUAAUAAUUAUCGGAAGCAUAUCACUCGCAUGUCGCAGACUCUCAUCAUAAAAAAAAAAAACAAAAAAGGAAACUCACUGAUGCAAUGUUUAGACUGCAUUUGGGUUGCCUCGGGGAUUUUCAAUAUAGAGUUGCAAUAAUAAAUGUUCUAAAUUCGGUAACCCAAUGUCAGGCUGCACUAAAAUCAUUAAGGUCUAAGGGAUGUCUCACAAAUAUUUAUAGUACACAGCACAACAUUACUCAUGAACGAAACGUUUGAAGCCUAAGGCUUAAACAAAACAAAAAAUACACAUGUACUAAAUUUUAGAACAUGUCUUUAUGUUAAUCAUGUAAAUAGCCCAAAAAUUAUACAAAAAAAAGACAUAACAUAUUAUAUUUUAAUAUAUAUAUAUGCUUA